AUGUCCACACUGUUCAAUCUCAAGAAUGGCCCGUCUCGAACGUUCAAGCCGAAGAAGGUGGCGGAGGGGACCAAGCAGUGGCAAUUGAAGCAAUAUGCUCAGGCGACCUUGGGUUCGGGGAACCUGCGGACAGCCGUCCAGUUGCCUGAAGGGGAGGAUGUACAAGAGUGGAUCGCAGUGCACGUUGUGGACUUCUUCAACCACGUCAAUAUGCUGUAUGGCACCAUUUCGGAGUUCUGCACGCCGACUGAAUGUCCAGUGAUGAAUGCGGGCCCAAAAUACGAAUUCCACUGGGAUGAUGGGGACGGGCAACGCCGUGCUGCUCAACUCUCCGCACCGGCCUACGUUGAAGCACUGAUGACAUGGGCCCAGACGAUCCUGGACGAUGAGAAGCAUUUCCCGCAGAAGAUCGGUGUCAAGUUCCCUCCGACUUUCAUGGCUACUGCCAAGACCAUCCUGAGGCGCUUGUUCCGCGUCUACGCACAUAUCUACCAUUCGCACUUUGAUCAGAUCUGCGCUUUGGGUAUAGAGGCGCACUUGAACACAAACUACCGCCACUUCUUGCUUUUUGUCGACGAGUUCAAAUUGCUCAGCGAGAAGGACCUCGUCCCACUUGAGGAUUUCAACAACACGAUUCUACAGGAGACUGGAAAGUAG